AUGAGCCGCUUCCCAGGGUCCAAGUUCCGGCGCGCCGAGGCCCGCCCGGCCCGCCGCCAGGCCUGGAUCGGCGGCAUUCACGGUGGCUCUCCUGCUGCUUCCAGCAACCAUAUCAAGACCAGCCGCCGCUGGAUCGUGUUCAGCACCAACUCUGCGGGUGUGCUGGGGGCUGUGCCGCUGGAGAGCCGGGAUGGGGGCCAGAGGGCCGUGUCUCAGCUGCGUUGCUACUCAGGUGUGGUGGCAGAUUUUGACUUCUCCCCCUUUGACGAGCAGGUGUUGGCCACGUGCUCUGCCGAGGAAGCUGUGAAGGUGUGGCGUCUCCUCGAUUCCGAUCCAGAUCUGUCCUCUUCCCUCAAUGUGACCCUGGGGCCCAAGGGGGGCCAGGCAGGCAUGGUCCUUUUCCACCCCACAGCAGAUGGCAUCCUGGCCAGUGGGGCUCAGAGGACAGCGAAAGUUUGGGAUGUGGAGCAGCAGCAGCAACCUCUGACAGAGCUGGACCCUCACGGCGACCUCCUCCAGAGUCUGGCUUGGAGCCUGGAUGGUACCCUCUUGGGAAGUUCCUGCAAGGAUAAAAUGCUUCGGAUCUUUGACCCCCGUGCCGGGCCUGCAGCCUGCCAGAGUGUCCAGGCCCACGAGAACGGCAGAGACUCCCGGCUGGUCUGGGUGAACUCCGCAGGCGGCCUCCUCUCCAUCGGGUUCAACCAGGUGAGGGAGCGUGAGGUGCGGCUUUGGGACACGCGGGCGUUCACUGGCUCGCUGGCUUCUGUCACCCUGGAUGCCUCCCCCAGGCCCCUGAUCCCCCUCUUCGAUCCAGACACCGGCCUGCUGGUGCUGAUGGGAAAGGGGGAAGACGUGCUCUUCUGCUACGAGGUGCUGCCCGCUCAGCCGGCACUGACAGAAGUAACCCAGUGCCGGACCGAGAGCAAGGCCCACGGGAUUGCCCGGGUGCCCAAGACUGCCCUGGAUGUCCUGGCGUGCGAAGUGAUGCGGGUCCUGCAGCUCACAGACCGCGCCAUCGUUCCCGUCAGCUACACAGUGCCACGGAAGUCCAUGCAGGAGUUCCACGAAGACUUGUUCCCCUGCUGCGCUGGAAACAUCCCGGCAACCUCUGCUGAGGCCUGGUGGGCAGGAGACAACAGCCAGGUUCAGCGGAUCAGCCUCCAUCCUGCCCACAGGCCCAGCCGAGGCUUCUCCUCCCCCUGCAUUCCGAGCCUCCCCCCAGAAAGCCGGACCCCGGACCACCCCCAGCAGGAGCAGGCAGAGGACCUGGAUAUCAGCGCUGGCAGUGGCCUGUCCUCCCCCACCAGCUCCCUGACGUCCCCCUCCAGCGCGGCAGCGUCCCUCUCCGCCACCAGCGGCUUUGCCUCCAGCCCCAGCCAGAGGUCCCUGCAGAGCAUUCUGGGUCCCAGCUCCGGCUUCCGCCACAUCCAGGGCACCGUGCUGCCCCGCAGUACCCACAUCACCAACCUCAAGGGGCUGAACCUCACCACGCCAGGCGAGUCCGACGGCUUCUGCGCUAACAGGCGACACGUGGCCGUCCCGCUGCUCUCUGCAGGAGGGCAGGUGGCCAUCUUGGAGCUGUCCAAGCCGGGUCGCCUGCCUGACGUUUCCCUGCCCACUAUCGAAAACGGGGGCCCGGUUUCCGAUCUGUGCUGGGACCCCUUUGAUCUGGAGCGCUUGGCCAUCGCUGGGGAAGAUGCCAAAAUCCGCCUGUGGCGAGUCACACCCGAAGGACUGCGGAAGAGCUUGCGAGAACCGGAGGCCGUGCUGCGAGGUCACACAGAGAAGAUUUACUCCGUCAAGUUCCACCCGCUGGCCGCAGAUGUCCUGGCCUCCUCCUCCUAUGACCUGAGUGUCCGGAUCUGGGAUGUGCGCUCCGGGAGGCAAGCGCUGCUUCUGAAUGGACACAAGGACCAGAUCUUCGGCAUUGCCUGGAGCCCCAAUGGACGCCGCCUGGCCACAGUCUGCAAAGAUGGGAAAGUGCGGCUUUAUGAGCCCCGGCAAGCGUCUGAGCCCCUGCAGGAAGGCCCGGGCCCUGAGGGAGGCCGGGGUGCCCGCAUCGCCUGGGUGUGUGGAGGCAAAAACCUGCUGGUGUCUGGCUUUGACAGCCACAGCGAGCGCCAGCUCUCCAUCUACCAGGUGGAGACCGUGGUGGACGGGCCCGUAGCGCGCAUCAGCCUCGACGUCUCUCCGUCCACCCUCAUCCCCUUCUACGACACAGACACGGGCAUGGUCUUCCUGACGGGCAAGGGCGACACCCGCGUCUUCAUGUACGAAAUCGUCCCAGAGGCGCCCUUCUUUCUGGAGUGUAACAGCUUCUUCUCCAAUGAGCCCCACAAGGGCUUCCAGUUCCUGCCCAAGCCGGAGUGCGACGUGAGGGAGGUGGAGGUAGCCCGGGCCCUGCGUCUCAGGCAGAGCUCCAUCGAGCCAGUAGCCUUCCGCGUGCCCAGGAUUAAGAAAGAGUUCUUCCAGGAUGACCUCUACCCGGCCACAGAGGUAUGGUGGGAACCCGCCUUAUCAGCUGCUGCCUGGCUCGAGGGCUCCGAUGGGCAACACCGCAAGAUCAGCCUUCAGCCCAAAGCUAUGACUCCGGUGAGCAAAGCCCCAAAGGACGUUCCCAGCAGAAAAUACGUCCCGUCCUCCGUCUAUCUGGAGGAAAAGUCCGACGAGCAGAAGAAAGAGGAGCUGCUCAACGCGAUGGUGGCCAGGCUGGGGAACCGUGAGGACCCCCUACCCCAGGACUCCUUUGAAGGCGUGGAUGAGGAGGAGUGGGCCCGGUACCUGGCGCAGAUCGUGCUGGUGGGCGUGCAGGUGGUGGGCAGGGCCUUCGCCCGCGCCCUGCGGCAGGAGUUCGCAGCCAGCCAGGCGGCGGCGGGGGCCCGAGGCCGCCCCCCGGGGUCUCCGUCGGAGGCCGCCUCCAGCGCCGCCGGCAUCAGCCUCCAGGAAGCGCAGCAGAUCCUCAACCUCCCCACGCUGAACCCAGACGACCUCCAGAAGAACUACGAGCAUUUAUUUAAGGUGAACGACAAGUCCGUGGGGGGCUCCUUCUACCUGCAGUCCAAGGUGGUGAGAGCCAAGGAGCGCCUGGACGAUGAACUACGGAUCCAGUCCCAGGGAGACCCAGACGCAGCGCGCAAGCCGGACACGUAG